AUGGCUGACAGCUGAAACCCGCGCGACGGAUCCCACUCACCGCACAGCCUUCAGUUCUUCCUGCUCGGGCAGCAUGAUGGAGGUGGAAGGUCCCUGGAAAGAAGUGUUCGAGGGCUCGGAGAGGAAGGAGACGUCGGAGGAAGCAGAGGUGCUGUUGGGCUCCUCUCGCUCUGUGGCUCCUCUAGUGGACUGGUCUCCGUCCAUCAGACGCUCACAGCCCAUCGUCAUCAACGUCAACCGGGCGAAGGGCGUCAACUCCUUCUCUUACUCCGUGCCAUCGAUACCGAACCCGUUUCCGGAGCUGUGCAGCCCCUCAAAGUCUCCGGUGCUUGUUGGUUCUCUUCCAUCGCCGUCCAGCAACAAGCAUCUGAUCAAGGUGUAUGGCGAGGACAGCCACAGCAGGUCGGUGUGGGUUUCUCGAGGAGCGACGACCAGAGAGGUUUGUCACAUGUUGGUCCAGACGGCUCACUGCAGCGACCACCAGAACUGGGCUCUGCUGGAGCUCCACCCCACGCUGGGUCUGG